UCCUUCACAUAAUCUCAUACUAAGAGCAGCUCGCUGCUUAAGGCGAAGAAGCUAUGUUGUUGAGACAGCUCUUGUGAAGCAAAAUGACAUUGGACAGUGUGGAUGCAACUCUUUGAGAUCAUAAAAGUGGACAAGGGUAAAACCUUUUUCAUAUGUGACUGCCCAGGGCUAAGAAGUGACCAGGCCUCUGAGUUGCUGACCCAGUGCCUGGCACCCAACAUAUUUCAAUGGAAGAAGUGAGAGAAGCUGAGAUGGCACCCCACAGAAAGAAGUCUGUCUCCCUCUUCUGUACUGGGACUCUUCUUUAGAAUAUAAGUAGGCUGAUACUUGGGUUAGGAACACAGCUGUGGGGAAGAGGAGGUGAAGGAGGAAGUGGAGGAGAGGGAGGAACAAGGCAUUAGAGGAAGUGGGAAACAAGAGGAGGAAGGGUAGGUGACCAGGAGGAAGAGGAGGAAAUGCCUGUGGGAAAGGAACUGCCUCAACUAAACACCUACCUAGAAGCUUUCAGAUGCUGGAGAAGUCUGCAUUCGAGACUGGAACAUUUGCUGUGAGGAUCCUGGAAACCUUGCCAUCCGAAUUGCCACAUCUGAAGCUCGGGGACAGCGCCAAGACUCACGUCCUGCACGCCGGCCCUCCACUGCACGCCCGGGGCUUCCCGCCCCGUGCUCCUCCCCCAGCUUGGGCACCCCGACAUCCCGCACCAGACGCCCGGAGCUCCUGCGCUCCCACGCCCGCGCGCUCCACUCUCCCAGCCCCGCGCACCCACACCCGGCGCGGAGGAGGCGGACGCCGGGGGCGAGGGCGGGGCGGGGCGAGGGCGGGGCGGGGCGUCUACGUCAUCGGCGCCGGCUCCCUCCGCCCGCCGCCGUCCGCCCCAUAG